CACACAGCAAUUUUGUAAUAAAAAUGCCAAAGUUGGCAACUCUGGAGAAAAAUAAUAAAUAAUACGCGGCUUUGGGAUUGUUUUUUGUUUACGCUGCGAAAAUGACGAUUUUAUACAAAGUCGAGGGCAAGGACUUUAGCAAGGACAGUGUCUUCCCGCAGAAAGUGGUCCUCUGCUCCGUGUCUGCUCGUAACAUCGUAGCGUUCAGCGCCCUGCAGAGUGGCAUCGUAUCCUCGUCGCACGGCGGUGGAGAUGCCGGCGACGCCUCUGCGCCAAGAACAAGCCUGGAUGUGGCCGCCAGCAACGUGUACGUGUGCGACAUCGUGACGCCGUGGGAGUACUACAAAGUGUGCUCCUCCAAGUCGCUAAUCAGCGUGCUCCAGUGGAGUCCCAACGGCGAGCAGCUGCUUCUAGGCUACAUCGGCGGGCGCGUAGAGAUCUGGCAGCCGCGCAACCAAUCGAUCAACCUCUGGGUGCUCCAGUACCACGCCACCGUGCCCAGCGAGGACAUUGUGCUGGCACAGUUCUUCCAUAACGGCAAGGGCGUAUCCUUCAAUCCGCAGAAGAAGGAGCACACUUACUAUGCGGAGAAGUUUGAGCGUCUAGACGAUCGGCCGACGCUCUGCGGCUUUGGCGGGGUGGCCAGCGAGGGCUGCAUCCUGCUGACCUCCUCGGGGCUGCUCGCCGCCUUCUGCCUGCCCAUGUUGCAGAAGGCAGCCGCCGCUGGCGGUGCCGAGGGUCCCACCCACGAGGUCCUAGAGCUCACGCCCACCCUGCACAGCAUCGGCGUCUCGCGCAGUUUUAUCGAGCACUGCAGUCUGACGCCAAGCCCCAAGGGGGCGCUUAGCGUGGCCUUCAGCUGCGGCUGGCAGCAGCAGCUGGUGCAGUGCUUCAAGGUCUCGCUGUCCCUUGAGGGAGAACUGGGUCUAGAGCAGCACCUGGCCAUAAAGUCGGAGUCGCAGACCAGCAUCUUUCUGGGUCCACUGGACGGGCGUAGGAUCAGCCACCUGAAAUGGACGCGGGUGGCCAACGAGGAUGUGAUCUUCAUAGCCUACGCCUGUCCGGAUGGCGCCGGCAGCCAGCUGGAGCAAUGGACACUGACGCGUCGCCACCAGACGGUCCAUGCAUUGCUGCAAGGUGGAGGCGGCGGCGGUGGAGGAUCCAACACCAAGCCCAACGAGUUCGUGCAAUCGGAGAGCUGGGAGCAGGUGGGCAAGGUACAUUUGAACGCUGCUCUGGCGGAUAUCUGUGUGACGCGGCUGAACGUUUCCUCGGCGGACUGCUGCCAGGUGUACGCCAUCCUGCAAGACAACAGCGUCCAGGUGCUCGAGCCCAACACGCUGAAGCAGCUCACCCACACUCAGUUUGAGAAGGUUUCCGACGCCAGCGGCGGCGUGCGAUUCGUCAGCGGCGAUCUGACGCCCACCGGCCAGAUGCUGCUCAUCUUCGACAGCUAUGCCCAGCUGCACGCCAUGCAGGCGCCGUUGCUGAAGCAGGCCUCGGGAUCCGCGUCGGUACUGCUCCUGCUGAUGCUGUUGGAGUACUGCAUUGUCACUGGCUGCGAUGCCAGCGACGUGCUGCUUCUGAACCUGGGCAGCCUGGAGGCGCUGGUGGAGAAGCUAACGGACAACUUCACGCGGCAGCCCUCGUAUGUGCGGCACUACUACUACGCCAACUUCCUGGCCCUCAAAUCCAACCUGUGCCGCGUCCAGCAGCAGGAGUUCGACAACCUGAUUAUUCUGCACGCCAUAUCCACCACGUUUAAGAGCCUCUUGCGCCCCUCCGAUCUCGGGUGCCAGGACAAGGGGCCCGCCGACAAUCUGGCCAUGAAGCUGGCCGAAUCCAUACCCGAUGUGGACACCGUGAUGCUGAAUCUGGACGCCAAGGACUUCACCGUGGAGCCGGUAAUGCUGCAGAGCCUCCAGCAGCUGAUCCAAUGGGUGACCGACCUGGCCCUUAACAUGCUGCACCGCCUACCCGAGGAGGUGAUGAAGAGCAAGCUGUCGGGGAAGCGACCCAGCUACGACAUCAGCCGGGACAUCGUGGCCAUCGGCAGUAUGCGCGAGCUGCUGGUCAUGAUCCGCAUCUGGGGCCUGCUGAACACUCAGUGCCUGCCCGUCUACACCAAGACGAUGGACAACAUCGAUGUGCUGGUGAUCCUGUUCCGCUUGCUCACUCGCUUGGCCCAGAAUCCCGCCGAGCCGGACGAGGUGCUGCUGGACGAGUGCAGCCUGCUGUCCAAACAGCUGCUGAUCCCUCAGCCGACCAGGUUCAGUCCCACCACCCUGCUCAGUGCCCAGGGAUUUGCGGCUGUAAAAUCGGGUCAGCUGCAGUUCACAUCGCUGGUGGAGCCCUCUUGCCUGCAGGACAUGGAGACGGAAGACGUGGUGUUCGCUAAAUCGGUGAAGGACGGCGUUAGUAAUCUGCAGCUGGGCGCCCGGCCCAGCACCAUCCGAAGGUGCGCCCGCUGCGGUUUUGUGUUCGUCAACAAUGCCAGCAAGGUGGCCAAGACGUCGGCGCUGAAGGCGUGGUUUAGCAAGUGGCAGCACUGCCACUGCGGCGGCUUCUGGAAGCAGAUUCACUAAGCUGAAGUAACCCUCUAGCAGUAUCCCGUAGGACUUAAGUGUAUUUCUUAGCCAUCAAUAAAAGUAGAGACAAAAAA